GAGACCCAGCACUGCAGUGUGUGUGGGAUCUCCUCUCCUCACACAUCCUCUAUGGCUCCCUAGUUCCCUUCCAGCCAGGCAGGUCUCUCAGCCUGGCAUUUGAAGAAGCUUGAGGCUGUGGGCUUGCCACCACCAAGCACUGACUCUAGAUGCCUGACUGCCAUUCACCCAGCCAGGCCUCAUUCACAUGCAGCUUGUUGGGGGAAACAGAGCCUGAUAUAUGUGUUUGUUGAAGGCAACAUUGGCAGGACAGGGGACAGCUCCCAGAGAAGCAGGUUUUGCCCCAGUGGAGCUGCAUGACGCCAUCUCUUUGCCUCCAGCUGGGGCCUCUGGACUGUUUCUUCAUCUGUGAUAUGGUAGGCCAUAGUGGCCUUUCUGAGAGCAAGGCCAUUUUAAGACCACGGGGAGGGUGCACGUUAAACUCAUGCUACAGUCUUCCACGACCUCCCCCUUUCUUUAGAUAACCUAGAAUUCAUGGCAAUUGCCCCGCCUCAGCCUCCCAGGUAAGUGCUUGGAUGGCAUUUGCAUUAUUGCCCAGGCCUUCCCUGUAUGUUUGUUCCAUCACCCUGACUCUGCCCCUCCCCCAGCCCCCAGUCCCUCCCUGGGAGCACCAUGGGAGUCAGUCUGUGUGGGUCACGGGUAGAGUGUGCCAGGGCAGAGACACAGCCUCAUUGUCCUAGAGCUGCUGAUCUCAUAGCCCUCAGGACGCUUGACCCUGGGCCAGGCCAAGCCAGCUGUCCUGGGGACUUGGCUCCUGCUCCAAGUGCACUCUCAAAGCACCAUGAACCCAUCCAUAUGGGUCUCAGUUUCGCCUUAUGCCUGCCCCACAAAACACUACCAUCUGUUUCCCUUGUGUGAGCCCUGGAACUUUUAAUUUGAGACAGGGUUUCUCUGUGUAGCCCCAGCUGUUCUGGAACUCACUUUGUAGGCAAGGCUGGCUUCGAACUCAGAGAUCUGCCUGCCUCUGCCUCCUGAGUGCUGCUGGGAUUAAAGGUGUGUGCCACCACCUCACUCUGAUAACAUCUUUAAAGGACAGUCAUACCACUUAAAUUUUUUCUUUCUCUUUCUCUUUCUUUCCUUCUUUCCUUUCCUUCCUUCUUUUUUUAAAGAUUUAUUUAUUUAUUUAUUUAUUUAUUUAUUUAAUAUAAGCACACUGUAGCUAUCUUCAGACACACCAGAAGAAGGCAUCAGAUCUCAAUACAGAUGGUUGUGAGCCACCGUGUGGUUGCUGGGAAUUGAACUCAGGACCUCUGGAAGAGCGGUCAGUGCUCUUAACCGCUGAGCCAUCUCUUCAGCCCUCUUUCUCUUUCUUUCUUUCUUUCUUUCUUUCUUUCUUUCUUUCUUGAGUCUAUAUAGUACAGACUGCUCACAAAAUCAUGGCCAUCCCCUAUCUCAACCUCCCAAUACUGGAAAAAGGACUUUAAAAUGUAACCUACAGGCUGGGGUUCAGUUUCUAGAGCAACUGCUCAGCAUGAGGAAAGCCCUGGACUCCAUCCCUAGUCCCCGGUGAAUCAGGAGAGGUGUGGUGCACACCUGUCAUCUCAGCACUGGGGAGGUGGAGGCAGGAGUUCAUGGUCAGCCUUGGCUACAUAAAUUAAAGUCCAUCCUGAGCUACAUGAAACCUUGUUCAGAAGAAGGAGGGGGAGGAGGAGGGGGAGGAAGAGGAGGGGGAGGAGGAGGAGGAGGAAGAGGAGGAGGAGAGGAAGAAGAAGAAGAAGAAGAAGAAGAAGAAGAAGAAGAAGAAGAAGAAGAAGAAGAAGAAGAAGAAGAAGAAGUCGUCCCCCAAAAGAUUUCCAGGCUUAGGUUAGAGAUUUAGCUCAGAGGUAGAGCGCUUGCCUAGCAAGCCCAAGGCCCUUGGUUCAGUCCCCAGCUCCGGAAAAAAAAAAAAAAAAAAAAGAUUUCCAGGCUUACUUACCCAGUGUCAGUGUGUUUCCGAGUGCUGACAAGGUGGCAGGGCCCCUUCAGCCGUGCUGAAGUUCCUGGGGCCUCAAGGCUCCUCAUGGACAUGACGGGGCUGCCAGGGACCAGCAAGCACAUCAUCUUCCUCCUGCUUUGCCAGCUAAGCGCCUCCAGCCGAGGUGACAGCUGCUGCGUUGAGAAGAUAUCAUACCCAGAUGAAGCCUCAGGCCCCUCCUUAGGACCCAGGGACUUGAGCUGCUACAGGGUUUCCGGGACAGACUAUGAGUGCUCCUGGCAGUAUGAUGGCCCUGAGGACAAUGUUGCUCACUUCCUGUGGUGCUGCUUUGCUCAUCCAAACCCUACCCACACCAGCUUUGGCCAAGAAUGCUGCUGCUACUUCUCUUCGGGCCGGUCUCGGACUGUGCAGUUCUGGGAACAGGAUGGUAUCUCUACGUUGUCCAAGGUCAACUUCUGGGUCGAGUCUCGGCUUGGGAACAGGACCUUGAAGUCUCAGGAGAUAUCGCAGUACCUGUACAACUGGACCAAGCUCACCCCUCCUCUGGGACACAUCAGAGUGUCACGAUCACGCGGGGAGUUGCGAAUGGACUGGAAUGUGUCGGAUGGGGCCGGUGCUGAGGUACAACUGAGGCGCCGGAUGCCCACAACGAAUUGGACCUUGGGUGACUGCGGACCUCAGGUUAGCUCUGGCUUAGGUGUGAUUGGUGACAUUCACGGUAGCAGUUCUGAGUCCUGCCUCUGCCCUUCUGAGAACAUGGCCCAGGAAAUCCAGAUACGGAGACGGCGGCGCCUCUCCUCAGGAGCUCCUGGAGGUCCCUGGAGUAAUUGGAGCAUGUCUGUGUGUGUCCCGCCUGAAUUCCUCCCCCAGGCUGAGAUUAAGUUCCUGGUGGAGCCCCUGAACCAAGAUGGAAGGAGGCGUCUGACUAUGGAAGGGCAGACACCACAGCUGGCAGUCCCGGAGGGCUGCAGGGACCGGCCUGGGGCGCAGGUGAAGAAGCACUUGGUGCUGGUGCACAUGCUGGCCUGCAGGUGCCAGGCUCGGACCUGGAAGACCGUGCCCCUGGGCAAGACGCUGGACCUCUCCGGUGCCGCCUACGACCUGGAUGUACUCGCCCAGACUCGCUUCGGCCGCAGCAUCAUCCAGAAGUGGCCCCUUCCUGCCCAAGAGCUCACAGAGACAAGAACCCUGAAUGUCAUCGUGGAAGGCAACGUGACAUCCAUGCAGUGGGCAGCCCAGCCUCCAGGCACUGCCUACUGCCUUGAGUGGCAGCCAUGGGGCCAGGACAGGAACCACACGGACUGUACUCUGAUUGCACCAGAAGAAGAGGACCCAGCCAAGAUGGUGACGCACACCUGGAGCUCCAAGCCUACCCUGGACCAGGAGGAAUGUUACCGCAUCACUGUCUUCGCCUCCAAGAACCCCAAGAAUCCCAUGAUGUGGGCCACGGUCCUGUCCAGUUACUACUUUGGGGGUAACGUCUCAAGGGUCGGAACUCCACGCCACGUGUCGGUGAGGAACCACACCGAGGACUCAGUGUCCGUGGAGUGGACAGCGUCACAGCUGAGCACCUGCCCAGGGGUCCUGACGCAAUACGUCGUGCGCUGCGAGGCUGAAGAUGGCACGUGGGAGUCAGAGUUGCUCGUGCCACCCACGAAGACCCAAGUGACACUAAACAGUCUGCGCAGCCGCGUGGUGUACAAGGUUCAGGUGCGAGCUGACACUGCGAUGCUCCCAGGCUCCUGGAGCCGUCCCCAGCGCUUCAGCGUUGAGGUGCAGAUUUCCCGUUUAUCCAUCGUUUUCGCGUCUCUGGGAAGCUUCGCCAGCGUCCUCCUCGUGGGCAGUCUCGGAUACAUUGGCUUAAACAGGGCUGCCUGGCACUUGUGCCCACCUCUGCCUACGCCCUGUGGCAGCACUGCUGUGGAGUUCCCUGGCAGCCAGGACAAGCAGGCUUGGCAAUGGCGCAACCCUGAGGACUUCCCCGAGGUGUUGUACCCACGAGACGCGCUGGUGGUGGAGAUGCCCAGGGACAGAGAUGAUGAGACAGAGUCGCCCCAGGCCACCCCUGAGCGCGCCCUGGACACAAGGUGGCCCUUGGGAACUGAGGGGCAGGUGCAAGGACUCUCAGAGGCCAGGCUCCCGGACCUGGCUAGAGAGGACUGUCCCCGUGGUGACCUGGCCCACGUGACACUCCCGCUGCUCCUGGGAGAUGUGACCCAGGGAGCCUCGGUACUUGGUGAUCUUUGGUGGAUCCAUAAGACCGUGGAGCCAGGACCACCCACUUUGGGUCAAGAGGCCUGACUGCUGCAUUCCCAGCCUGUUCCCUCCUUAGGAGCCCCUGACCUGCAACAGCUGGUCACAAUGACUGUCCUAUUUUAUAGAUGUGACUCUUGAGGCCCAGAGAAGAUGAAUGUCUGACCUGAGGUCACACAGCAUUAGCAGGACACAGACCCAGGUCCCCUCCCACCCACUCCCUCCCUCCCGUGCCUAUAGCCACACAGUCUGUGAGGAGAAUACAGAAACCACCAAGAAGGGGAAAGUGCUUCAUGCAGCCCUGCUUGGUAUCCUCAGGGCAAGGCUGGUCCCUAUCACUGGUCUGUUUGGGGUUGGGGGGCAUCCUUCCAUUCUGAAGGGACAUGGUCAAAGGCUCAGUUUGCCUCCAGUGUCCUGGGCUGGAGUUCAACUCCAGGAGUAACAGACAGGAUGAAUCUAGAUUGUAAUAACUUAGGUGACCUAAACAGCAGGGCCUAGACAUGCACAGGGAGGUUAUACAUCUGGACUCAGUCUCCCUGUUGUAGCACUGGGCACUGAAUAAAUGGGUCUUCCCAGUGACUGACAAACAA